ACAAAGCCGCGCGUUUCCCCACCAAAGCCCCGAGAGGCGGAAGAACCAGAGAUCAGCAUUUGGCUGAUGUUCAAGCGCUCACGGAGGAACAGGCUUCAGGCAGCUUUGGGUCAUUUUGAGCCCAUUCUGCCUGGAACUGAAUGCAGGGGCAAGUUCGGGUCACCACCUGCGGGCCGGGGGCGGGGCGGGCCACACACGCUGAGGGACGCGGAGGCCGGGGGAGAGCCGGGAGUUGGGAAAAUGUGACCCUACGACCCCAUACGCCGCCAGGCUCCCUCUCCUGCGCUCCACCUGCUUGUCUGCGCCCAGCUGCCAGCCGGCCAUGGCCAGCCCCGCGCCCUUAGUGGCUUCCAUCAGUCACCAAAUGGUGGCUCUGCAGACCCUACAGCUACUCCAGCAGGAGUGGGGCUGGGGCGACGGUCCUAGCGCCCCCGGAAGCCCACGCGGCCCGGACCACGUGCCCGUCGCCCAAGCUCGUCGCUCAGCCCGGGACCGCGGCCCCUGCACCCUGGCGCGGAUGGCGAUGCGCAGCGCGCUGGCCCGCGUGGUGGACUCGACCUCGGAGCUGGUCAGCGUAGAGCAGACUCUGCUUGGGCCUCUCCAGCAGGAGCGGCCCUUCCCCAUCCACCUGAAGGAUAGUGUUGAGUUCAGAAACAUCUGCAGUCACCUGGCUCUACAAAUUGAAGGACAGCAGUUCGACAGAGACUUGAAUGCCGCGCACCAGUGUCUGAAGACCAUAGUGAAGAAGUUGAUCCAGUCGCUCACCAAUCUCCCAUCGGAUGCCCAUGUGGUUGCCUGUGCUUCCUUGAGACAGAUCUUACAGAAUCUCCCAGAUGUGUGAGUGUGGGAGACAGCCAGUCUACAGCUGGCCAUGCUGAGAGACCCGGAUCCUUCGCCUUCCGAACCAACUAGCAGUGAUGGUUGUUUAUGUUCCCAAAAGGACUUGAUAUUUCAUGUCUAAGUCUGACCACGCGCGCCUGUAGCCUUCAGCAUGACAGCAUGCGAGUGCACAUAUUUUUAAAGCUGUAGUGAGUGUUUUUAAAGUAUGUUGGCUUACUGCUGAUUUUCUGACUGCAAUAUAUUUCUCUCUGUGGAGCUAAUCGGAUUGUAUAUAUAUGUAUAUAUUUAUUAACCACAGUAAGCAUUGGGUUUGACUGAGUGAUAUUUGAGUCUAUAUUUGUAUUAUUGUGGGCGAUAAGGCUCAGUGCGGAUGUGUAUAGUAGAAGGACCAUAGCUCUCGUCACAUUAUGGGGAAUGAAUGGGACAUUUAGUAACUGACAUUUUCUGUUUGCCGGGCACUUCAUUAUAGGCAGUGAUGGUGCUCUUUAGCUGUAGAACUACAGGUAUCAGCAUUGUGGGUCCAGCCCCGACAUUUGUCAUUCUUCACUGUGCAGGAAGCGCUGCUUCUAAACCUUGCACCACCGUGUGCUGAUCUGUACAUUUGAAAUGAUAAACUAUGGGCCACCAAGCUUAUAUGACAUGUAAAUAUAAGUACAUAUGAUUAAAAUCUCAAUGUGGAACCAUC